AUGAGGGUCAUAUUGACGUUUCUCGCCCUUGUCAUCCUUUCCUCUUCCGUUCUCUCCCUUCCCUCAGAGCGGCGUGACGGCGAUAGGGCACUGACGGAGAUCCAAGCUCUAAAUUUUGCUCUCUCCCUCGAACACUUCCAGUACUACUUCUACAAACGGCUGCACCAAUAUGAGCCGCAGGACUUCUCCAAUGCUGGUCUACCGCCCUGGUCGCAGGGGAGAUACGCACAGAUAUCCUCCCAUGAGCUUACGCAUGCUCAGUUCCUUGAGAAUAUCCUGGGUGACAAGGCUGUUCAGCCAUGCACAUAUAACUUCCCAGACUCCGAUCCGAGAUCAUUCGUGAAGACCAGCAACAUUGUGGAAGCAAUAACAUCCUCUACGUAUACAACUCUCGCGAAGUAUCUCUCCGAUCCUGACUAUGUCAUUUCUAUCAGCUCUAUUCACUCCGUGGAAGCAAAACACUCAGCGUGGAUCAACGCGGACAUGCGUGAAGGUGCUGCUUGGAGCACAGCAUUUGAUGUACGUGGCAUCUCUUCUCUCAACAUACAUUUUGAGACCAACAAUCAACAGGCGCCACUGAGUCUGAGUCAACUAUACACGAUGAUGAGUGGCUUCAUCGUAUCCUGCCCAUCCUCCAAUUCGCUGCCGCCGAUCAAAAUAUUCCCCUCACUCACGUUUCCCUCCUACGUUAUCCCAGGACAGACUGUACAAGUGUCGUUUUCGCCCGCAGCUCCGGAACACGAUUCACACACGUUGUACGCCUGGUUCAUCUCAGGGUUCAAAGCGCUCGUUGUACCUCUCAACGCUGAUAUGACGGUCACCAUCCCGGAUACGCUGCAGGGUUUUGUGUUCUCGGUAAUCACGAACAACAGGGAGAGCGUGUCCGACGAUGCUACAGUUGCUGGGCCAGCGUUCUUAGUCUUCGAUUAUGACUACCAAGGAAACGAUCAGUCGCUACCCAUGUAA